AUGGCCCCUCUCAAGUCAGUGCUCGUCGCCGCCUUCGCGCUGGCCUCUACGGCCUCCGCCAUCCCUCUCGCUGUCGAAAGGAGAGAUGCCGCGCCCAACGUCGUUACCGAGACCGUAUGGGUGACAAUGGAUACUACAACCACUGUAUGGGUCCCAGCUUCCCUCAGUACUCAGGCCCCGCCUCCACCUCCUGCAGCCGCGACCACGACUACAACCCCACCAGCUCCAAUUGUUCAACCUGUAUUGACCUCGUCUUCACAGCCUCCUCCACCAGCGGCACCCACAGACGCGCCGGCCGCGUUCGCUGCUGAGGCUCAACCAGCUCAACCAAGUCAGUCUACUACCCCUGUUGCGCCGGUCGCUCCAGUUGUCUCAACCCCUCAAUACAGCGCCCCUCAAGCUGCUCCCUCUCCAGCUCCUGUCUCACAAUCAUCAGGACAAGUCAGCGGCGGCCCUUGCCAGGGUCAGGGCAAUGCCUGCACAGGCGACGUGACUCACUACGAUGGUGGUCUCGGAGCUUGUGGCUGGAACGUCAACACUGCCAGUGACAUGCAAAUUGCCCUGCCAUACGGCUUGAUGGGCACCCUCUCCAACAGCAACCCUUACUGCGGCAAGAGUCUCAGCAUCAAAGCCACCGACGGCUCCAUCGUGCAAGCGACUGUCGGCGACAAGUGUAUGGGUUGCGAGGGCGACUCCAUUGAUCUGACGGACGCUCUGUUCAAGGCUGUCGCUCCCAACGGCGACGGUCGUGUCCAUGGCGUGCAGUGGUGGUUCAACUGA